ACCCGGUACACCGUGGCUCUGCUGAGCCUCAUGGGUCUGGCCAUCAGCUUCAUGACGCGCGUCAACAUCUCGGUGGCCAUCGUCGACAUGGUCAACGAGACGGCGCUCGAAGAACGCGCUCUCAGAUCCAGCGACGCCUUUCACUUCGGUGCGGCCGUCAGCAGUAGAGACGACCCAGAUGUGUGUCCAGGAAAGCUGGUGCUGAAGAAUCAAGCUGGUGGCAGGAACGGGGAGUUCGCGUGGGACAAGCAGAAGCAGGGGGAGAUCCUGGCGGCGUUCUACUACGGCUACGCGGCGGGUCACAUACCUGGUGGACUGCUGGCUGACCGUUUCGGCGGCAGGAUCGUCUUCGGGAUCGGCAUAUUCCUCUCGUCCCUCCUCACCGUCCUCACGCCGAUUUCGGCGUGGACCGACGCCUAUCUUCUGUUCGCCAACAGGGUCGGACAAGGAUUUACACAGCAGAGACAUCGCCAGUGUAGUGCAGCCAAAAUGAAUGAGAAAGAAGGUCACACAAUAAAAAUUCAACUCUUCAUCUGUUUCCUGUCGGUGCUCGAGGAAAAACGUGGCUCGCUGAAAGAAUAA